AUGUUUUCUUUCAGGCAAUCAAACCUGUAUCAAGAAAUGCUUCUCAGAUACAUGAGAGGUAAAAAUCUAUAUUGCCUAAAGACGUUCUGUGUCCGUAUCAAUUUACACUUACUAUCUUUAAGUUUGUACAGGGUGUUUUUUUAUAUAUUGACACCCCACCUACAGCCUUUACCUUUACAGGUAGAAGAAAGGUGUAAAUGCAAAAGUUGUACAGUUUCAACUGAAUUUUCAGAAACCAUGGUCAGAAACAAAAUUUGA